AUGGCUUCUUCUGCAGACCGCGAUUCAGCUAUUUACGUUGCCAAACUCGCCGAACAAGCCGAACGCUACGACGAGAUGGUGGAAGCAAUGAAAAGGGUUGCCAAUAUGGAUGUGGAUUUGACAGUGGAAGAGAGAAACUUGCUAUCAGUUGGGUACAAAAAUGUUGUCGGGUCUCGAAGGGCUUCAUGGAGAAUCUUGUCAUCAAUUGAGCAGAAGGAGGAGUCAAGAGGGAACGAGGUGAAUGCUAAGAGGAUCAAGGAAUACCGACAGAAAGUGGAGUUAGAGCUCACUAAUAUUUGUAGUGACAUCAUGUCCGUGAUUGAUGAACAUUUGAUUCCCGCGUGCACGGCUGGUGAAUCAACUGUGUUUUACAACAAGAUGAAAGGGGAUUACUAUAGAUACCUUGCUGAGUUCAAGACUGGUAAUGAGAGGAAAGAAGUCGCUGAUCAUUCGCUGAAAGCAUAUGAGGUAUGA